UGCGGGUGGGAGGGAUGGGACACGCUCGACGCCGCGGCGGCCAGCGCUGGCUGGCCCAGACAUGGCAGCAGCUUAUGUUAAGGAGACACGGAGCUCAGCAAAUAUACGGAGAGCAGCAGCGGCCUGGCGCGCGCGCGGAUCAACGGCAGAGGAUGUUGGCGAGCGGCUGCUGGGACUGGUGCUGCGCCAUGGGCAGCAUCAGAGCGGCGGCGCUGGGUACGGAGGCGCAGUCACGUGCACAUGUCCCGCGUGCAGACGCGUGGCAGCUGCGGCUGGCGGGGGUUCAGCGUUAGGGGGGAGUGGAUGGGGCUUUACAGCGGGGCACGCCCCGACGCUGCUCAGCCGGGAGGGUUCAGCCAGCGGGCGCAGCCUUGGCAGCCGGAAUCUAGCCUCAGCACUGGACAGCUCCUCUAGCUGGGUUAUAAAAGUGCCACGGUCGAGGGAUACCCAGCCUGCAAAACACGCCAGCACGGCAUUGCCCCCCCCCCCCAGCGUGCAGCUCGAACGUCCUGUCCUUGCCUCCGCAGUCCAGGCAUUCGUGUGACGCCUUGGUGCGGGUGAACUUGUUCGUUUUGGGGUCAAGCUGAAUAAUGGGUACCGCAGGCUGCCGUUGCAACGGGCUUGGGCUUAGCUUCCGUCAGGUCCCGCACAGCCGUCCUCAAAGCUUGAGUGUAAGGAACACGGAAA